AUGGGUUCGAUCGGAAGUCCGAAAAAGACACGGAGAAGUCUGCAAGAUGGGAUUUACUGUCCAACCUUGACUUUUUUUGAUCCCGACACCGAGGAGCUGGAUGUCCCCAGGGUACGUGACCAUGCCGUCCGUCUCGCUCGCGCUGGGCUCGCCGGGCUUGUGACACUGGGUUCGAACGGCGAAGCAGUCCAUCUUUCCAACGAUGAGCGCUUCACCGUCACUUUGCAGACACGACUAGCCCUCGAUGCCGCCGGCUUUCCAGAUCUGCCCAUCAUUGUUGGCGCAAGCGAUCAGAGCGUUAAAGGAACGAUCGAGAACAUCAAAUUGGCCGCCCAGGCUCGAGGAGACUAUGUGCUGCUUGUCGCCCCGAGUUAUUAUCGAUACGCCAUGGACGAGGAGCGGCUUGAGCAAUAUUUCAACUCCGUCGCCGAUCAAAGUCCCUUACCAAUUAUCCUGUACAAUUAUCCCGGUGCGGUUGCCGGCAUUGACAUGGAUUCGGACUUUUUGAUCCGCCUUGCUAAACAUCCAAACAUUGUCGGAACCAAGUUUACCUGUGGCAAUACAGGUAAACUAACCCGUGUAGCACGAAUUACUGAUGCCAAAACUGCGGGUUAUGAGGGUAGCGGAUACAUGGCUUUUGGCGGUAUGGCUGACUUCACCGCACAGACUUUGUUAUCAGGUGGGAGCGGCGUGAUUGCCGGAGGUGCAAAUGUGUUCCCUAGGACGUGCGUCAAAGUUUGGGACCUCUGGGCGGAAGGGAAGCCGGCUGAAUCCACAGCCCUCCAAAAGGUCGUGAGCGCAGGGGACUGGGUGCUUACUAAGACUGCCGUCCCAGGCACCAAGGCUGCGCUUCAAAGUUAUUUUGGCUAUGGGGGAUUCGCCCGUCAACCUUUGAGAAGGGUGGGUGAAACUGAACAGAAGACCAUCACUGCUGGUAUCCAGGAGCUGAUGCAGGCAGAGUCAACCCUUCCAGACAAAUUCCCCGCCUCGUGA